CAUGGCUAUCAGACAGCUGGAUGUCCCGGAAGUUGCAACUGUGUCAAGGAUGGCCUAUCCACAGUCAAAGGUGCUAACAUCCACUAGGAAAGAUGUUCUUGUCUUGACUCCUUGGCUGGCUCCCAUCAUCUGGGAGGGGACCUUCAACAUCGACAUACUGAAUGAACAGUUCAGGAUUCAGAAUACCACGAUUGGACUGACUGUGUUUGCCAUCAAAAAGUAUGUGGUGUUCCUUAAGUUAUUUCUGGAGACGGCAGAGCAGCACUUCAUGGUGGGACAUAAGGUCAUCUACUAUGUCUUCACUGACCGGCCGGCGGAUGUGCCACAGGUGCCCCUGGCUGCAGGGCGGCGGCUGGUGGUGCUAACUGUGCGCAACUACACCCGCUGGCAGGAUGUGUCCAUGCACAGGAUGGAGAUGAUCAGCCUCUUCUCAGAGCGGCGCUUUCUGCAUGAGGUGGAUUACCUGGUGUGCGCAGAUGUGGACAUGAAGUUCAGUGACCACGUGGGGGUGGAGAUUCUCUCAGCACUCUUUGGCACCCUGCAUCCUGGCUUCUACGGUAGCAGCCGAGAGGCCUUUACCUAUGAGCGAAGGCCAAAGUCCCAGGCCUACAUCCCCAGGGACGAGGGUGACUUUUACUAUGCAGGGGGCUUUUUUGGAGGGUCAGUGGUGGAGGUGCACCAUCUCACCAAGGCCUGCCACGAGGCUAUGGUGGAGGACCAGGCCAAUGGCAUUGAGGCCGUGUGGCAUGAUGAGAGCCAUCUGAACAAGUACCUGCUUUACCAUAAGCCUACGAAAGUGCUGUCCCCAGAGUACGUGUGGGACCAGAAGCUGCUGGGCUGGCCCUCCAUCAUGAAGAAGCUGAGAUAUGUGGCUGUGCCCAAGAACCAUCAGAAAAUCAGGAACUGA